UGGAGUGUGGUGGAUGUCAAAGUUAGCUUUGGGUUGGAAGUGAGGAAUAUAUUCUUUUCCCUGACGCAUGAAGGUCGUUCAUAUAAGCUCGAAGUUGCGCAUGAGAGCAUACGGGAAAUCCAUUUACAUCGCUCACUCCCUCACCGUCCUAAGUUUCUUGUGAUUCAGGUGGUAGCUGCUCCUAAGAUUUACGAAAUCCUAUUGGGCAAAACAGGUUCCCUACAAGAAGAUCCAAAGUCCUAUUAUUGUCGGGACCCCCAAGAUGAACAGUGGGUCAGAACAACAGAUUUCACUCCAUCUCGCAGCAUCGGACAAUCCUGUGCAUUGUGUUUGCAGCUACCGUUCGACUGUAAUCUUCCCGACAUCCAAGAUUUCUUCGUUCCUUACACAGAAGUUGAAGGUCGCUAUGAUCUGAAAACGGGCUCUUCUUACUCCAGCAAUUUGGAUCUUGUCCCUGUUGUCGAACCCCGUGCUGGAGUUAAGCUUCCUUACGCGAUCCUGUUCAAGAUAAAUCAUUUGGUUCAGAAUGGAACUCUUAGCGGACCAACGCUGAAUCGAAAGUUCUACUCGCUGCUCCGUCCUUCUGCUUUCGUACCUACUGAAUACAUCGAACGGGCCUUGGAAAUGAUGUCUACUUUGAAUCACUCCUGUUUUGAUCCUACAGGGUGGCUAACAGAGCAGUAUGCGAACUUUAGGAGCUCGGGCCGUCCCAUAAACUCGCCCACCAUUUCCUUGGAUCCUAGCUUGGUAUAUGUUCACCGGGUGCAGGUGACCCCCUCCAAAGUGUACUUCUAUGGACCUGAGAUAAAUGUGUCGAAUCGUAUUCUGCGUCUGUAUCAUUCAGAACUCGAUAAUUUUCUGAGGGUUUCCUUCGUCGAUGAGGACGGCGAAAAGAUGCACUCCACUGAUAUAUUAUCUCGAUCGGCUUCUGCGGACGACGACAACCGUACUGCGCUUUAUUGGAGAAUACUGUCAACGCUGAGGAAUGGCAUCACCGUUGGUGAUAAGAAGUUUGAGUUCCUCGCCUUCUCAUCCAGUCAGCUCAGGGAAAGUUCCGCUUGGAUGUUUGCCUCGAGUGGUGAAUCUACUGCGGACAGCAUCAGGCAACGGAUGGGCAAGUUUAGCAAGAUAAGAAACGUUGCUAAAUAUGCUGCCAGGCUCGGUCAAUCCUUCGGUUCCUCCACUGAAACAAUGUACGUCAAUGGACAUGAAAUCGAGUGCAUUCGUGAUGUUGAACGCGAGGGCUACGUGUUCUCCGAUGGCAUUGGGAAAAUAUCUCCUAAAUUUGCCAGAAAGGUGGCGGCCAAGUGUGGCUUGGAAAGUUGGGUCCCAUCUGCCUUCCAAAUCAGGUACGCCGGCUACAAAGGCGUGGUGGCCGUCGAUCCAGCAUCGACACCGAAGCUGUCUUUGCGUAGCAGCAUGUCCAAGUUCGACUCCAGGAGAACAAAACUUGACGUCCUCGCCUACAGCAGGUACCAGCCUUGUUUCCUUAAUCGUCAGUUGAUUACUCUUCUGUCGACGCUGGGAGUGGAAGAUGAAGUCUUCGAGAGGAAAAUGGAGGAGGCCGUGAACGACCUGGACAGGAUUUUAAGUGACCCGGAAAGGGCACGGGAAGCGGUUCAACUCAUGUCCCCAGGGGAAAGAACCAGCAUACUGAGAGAGCUGUUGUUAUGUGGGUAUAAGCUUGAUGCUGAGCCAUUCCUUUCGAUGCUUCUGCAAGCAUUCAGGGCUUCAAGGCUGUUGGAACUCAGGACGAAGGCCAGGAUUUUUAUUCCACAGGGAAGAGCAAUGAUGGGGUGCUUAGACGAGACUGCAAGUCUGGAAUACGGGGAGGUGUUUGUUCAAGUUUCUCGUUCGGGAAGCUCCAUGUCCCACGACGAUGGCCUCCUCACGAACAGUGUCAAGGUGUUGGAGGGCAAAGUCGUGGUUGCCAGGAAUCCCUGUCUUCAUCCUGGAGAUGUUCGUGUCCUGUCAGCUGUUGAUGUUCCCGAUCUGCACCAUAUGAUCGAUUGUGUUGUUUUUCCUCAGAAAGGGGAAAGACCCCAUCCGGAUGAGUGCUCUGGAGGUGACUUGGAUGGAGAUAUCUAUUUCGUGAGCUGGGACCCUGAACUCAUUCCGCCGCGUGUUGUCCCACCCAUGGAGUAUACCCCUGCCGCAACCAAGGAAUUGGAUCACGAUGUUACCAUUGAGGAGGUGAUGGAGUACUUCGCAAAUUAUAUCGUCAAUGACAGCUUAGGGAUCAUCGCAAACGCCCACACAGUUUUUGCCGACAAGGCAAGCAAUAAAGCCGAGAGCAAGGAGUGCAUAGAGCUCGCAAAGCUCUUCUCCGUUGCGGUGGACUUCCCGAAGACGGGAGAUGCUGCGAAAAUCCCUCGUCACCUACUUGUCAAGGAGUUCCCUGACUUCAUGGAAAAGCUCGACAAAGAUACCUACGAGUCACAGGGAAUACUUGGAAAGCUAUACCAUGCAACCAAAGCCUGUGGGUUUGCCACCGUAGAGGCCUUCACCAAGGAGGCGGCUAUGAGAUCUUACGACCCCGACAUGGAGGUCGAUGGCUUCGAGGAGUACGUCGAUGAAGCUUUCGUCUUCAAAGGGGAAUAUGAUUUUAAGCUGGGGAAUCUCAUGGACCAUUACGGCAUCAAGACGGAGGCCGAGAUUAUAGGUGGGCAUAUAAUGAACAUGUCGAAGAUGUUCACCAAGAAGAAGGACGGCGAGGCAGUGGGGAGAGCACUGAGGUCACUGAGGAAGGAAGCAAGGUCAUGGUUUGAUAAGCAGAGCAGUGAUCAUGACCAUGACGACGAUGAGGAAUAUGCCAAGGCAUCGGCUUGGUAUCACGUGACGUAUCACCCCAAAUUCUGGGGACGCUACAAUGUGAAUUUGAGCAGGCCACAUUUCCUGAGUUUUCCAUGGUGUGUCUAUAAGAAGCUGGCAGUGAUCAAGCAGAGGAAGACGUGCCAGAGGAAGGCUGAAGCCGAGCUACUGUUACAGCAGUGAGUUGAGGAUAUCUCAACAUAGGACUUUACAUAAGGUGAUAUUUGUCCGAGUAGAAGUCUUCAGAUGACUUGUGCUCUGAUGUGAUAUAUAGAUAGAUUGCGUUGUUGUUUAUUACGAUGGUAAUCCCAUAACACUAUUCUGAAACAAUUGAUUUACCAUAUGGCUGCUUAUGCUUGGCAGAACUUGAAUGG